GGAGGAUGAGAUCUGUCUUCAUUCUUUCAACCUCUGGUCCUCUAUCGGCUCUCCCUCGAUCAGCAUGAGGAUAUUCAAAGUCAAUUGCACGCCCCUUGCGAGGCAGCCGAGGUUCGAGGCAGCGCCGCCCCGCCCGCCACCAAUCGCGUGAAUCCGCCGACCGAAAAUCGCGAUGGGAUCCAUGGUCAGCUUCCAGAGAGUCUGGGACACGCUCAAGAUUAUUGAAGUUGGUCUUGGAUGGCUCCGCAAAAGCAAUAACGCAGUAUCGAGGUUAGGUUGAUCUGAUCGGUCGAGGGGCUCCACGGCGUUGCCAGUCCAAUCCAGGCCACUCUCCUUUUUCCCCCUUCUUCCAACUUCACCAGAGUCCAGACUCGCCGCCAUGCCACCGGUCCCAACAAUGCUGGGCUCCACUACCAUCUCCAGAAGACUCGUUCUCGCUGGCCCUCUGUCGCGUCUGCCUAUAACUGCCCCGAGCCGGCUUUCUGUUCUGUCCCGAGGCUCCUCCUUGUCGCCGAGGCUUUCUCCCAAAGCUUUCUCGACUGCUCCUGCUGACGCAGCCUCUUCCUCCACUCCAACACCUCCGCCUCGUUCGCGUUUUCGCCGCUUCGUCGGGUUCACCACAAUCGCCAUCUUCGCAUUCACUGCCGGCUUAGUCUACCAGACCUCGCAAACAGUCUCGCGCAUGAUGACGGUCACUCUCACCACCGACGAGGAGACCCUCUCCGCCUUCGUCCCUCACGACGACUUCGCCAGGGAGGUAGACGAAUACAUCCGCACCCACCCUCUGGCCGCCUCGCUGCGCCAAAACCCUGCAUUUACGGAAUCCCGCCCACACAUGAAGAUCCCCGAGCACCUGCGCGCGCGCACGCUCACGGGUGGCACGCUCGCUGGUCCCGAUAAGAUCGUGGCGCCGCCGCUGGUGUUUUGCGAAGAGGGCGGGAAAAGUCUGGUGUCGCUUUUCUACCUCGGGCCAAGUCUCUGCGGUCACCCGGGGAUCGUUCACGGCGGAUUGCUGGCUACGCUACUGGAUGAGGCCAUGGGUCGGUGCUGCUUUCCCGCGUUGCCGAACAAGGUGGGCGUGACCGCCAACCUGAACCUGGACUACCGUAAGCCCGCGAUGGCCGGGAACUAUGCUGUUUUGCGGGCAGAAACGGUCAAGGUAGAGGGUCGCAAGGCCUGGGUCGAGGGUCGGAUCGAGACUCUGCCCGAAGAUGGCCAGGAGCCGGUGGUGCUGGUGGAGGCGAAAGCCUUAUUUAUUGAGCCGAAGCAGGCGGCGGCAAUGUCGACCCUUUACAACAUCACCAACUAAUUGCUUCAUCUGAUCCCGAUCUAGAUUUGAUCUAAAGUACUUAUAUAUACAUGGAACUUGAACUCAACGGUCAUCGCGACAUCAUUUAACAGGCGUAUAGAUGGAUGGAACCCGCAUUUGGUUUGUACAUAUAGAUAUCUGGUGUUCGAUAUUAUUCCUAUUCUGCACGUGAGCGAUGACUUUAGCGUCGUCUGUAUCCUACAGUCGGGAGUAGAUGGGCUUUGACCUUUGCGGUGAGUUGUACCGCAAUAGUUUGGUGACCGCCCUUGCCAUGAUGUGUUGCCUUCGACAAUUUCAAGCCACACUCCUGUUCGAUAAUCUCAAGGAAAUUCCCUGUCAGCAUGCGAGACAAACGAUCGACCCGAUGCCGGUUCACUGGGUGGCAUGACAAUACCCUGAGCAUAUUGCCGUCAGCAAUACUGAUAACCAUGGCCACAAAGCAGG